AUGGGGCAGGGGACCACGGGGCUGGCCGGGCUGCUCAGCCUGGCCGGAGCACUGCCAGCCGGGACCCCGCUGCUGCUGGACGUGGGGCACACGCUCCCUCCCGGGGAGGAUGCUCUGAGCCACGGAAGGGGCCUGGAUUGCUGGGAGGUUCGGGAGCACAACAGCUCCGAGUGGUGCCACUUCAUCCGGAGCAACCCCGACUGCCAGCUGGACGGGGGCUUCCUCAACUACCUCGAUGGGGUCUUCUGUGUCUUCCCGCCCCGGCUGCUGCCCCUGGCUGUCACCCUCUAUGCUCUGUGGCUCCUGUACCUGUUCAUCAUCCUUGGUGUGACAGCAGAGAAGUUCUUCUGCCCCAAUUUAUCAGCCAUCUCCACCAACCUGAAGCUGUCCCACAAUGUGGCAGGUGUCACCUUCCUGGCCUUUGGGAAUGGGGCACCUGAUGUCUUCAGUGCUGUGGUGGCCUUCUCUGACCCUCGGACAGCGGGGCUGGCCAUCGGGGCCAUCUUUGGUGCCGGUGUGUUUGUGACCACGGUGGUGGCCGGGGGCAUUGCCCUGGUCAAGCCCUUCACGGCUGCCUCCAGGCCCUUCCUCAGGGAUGUCAUCUUCUACAUGGCGGCCGUCUUCCUCACCUUCGUGGUCCUCUACUUGGGCAGGAUCAGGCUGGGAGAGGCUCUGGGUUACCUGGGGCUCUACGUGUUCUAUGUGCUCACCGUGGUGCUCUGCACCUGGAUCCACCGGCGGCAGCGGGGGGAUGGGCUGGCCCCUCCCGGACCCUGGGAGCCAGAGAUGCCGACAGAUGUGGAAGAGCCGGAUCCCUCGGGCACAAACAGUGGGGACUACGGGGAGGAGUACCGGCCCCUGCUGCCCUCCCAGGAGACCUCCCUGCGCAUCCUCACCACGGCCCUGAGCCCCCUGGACUACCGCAAGUGGAGGAGGAAGCCCUGGUACUGGCGGCUCUUCAAGGCCUUCAAGGUGCCUGUGGAGCUGGUGCUGCUGCUCACCGUUCCCGUUGUGGACCCUGACAAGGAUGACCUGAACUGGAGGAGACCCCUCAACUGCCUGCACAUCGUCACCAGCCCCCUGCUCUGUGUCCUCACCCUCAAGUCAGGCACCUAUGGGCUGUACCAGAUCCAGGGCAUCUUCCCAGUCUGGGGACUGGUCACACUGGUUGCCUCUGCCCUGGCCCUCAUCAUCUUCAUCACCACAAGCAACGAGGAGCCACCCAAGUAUCACUGUGUGUUUGCCUUCCUUGGGUUUUUGGCCAGUGCCAUGUGGAUCAACGCUGCAGCCACGGAGCUGGUGAACAUCCUGCGGACCCUGGGCAUCAUCUUCCAGCUCAGCAACACCGUGCUGGGCCUGACACUGCUGGCCUGGGGCAACAGCAUCGGUGACACCUUCUCCGACCUCACCAUGGCGCGCCAGGGCUAUCCCCGCAUGGCCUUCUCCGCCUGCUUCGGGGGCAUCAUCUUCAACAUCCUGGUUGGCGUGGGCCUGGGCUGCCUGCUGCAGAUGACCAGCAGCCAGCCGCUGGUGAAGCUGGAGCCUGACAGUCCCCUGGUGUGGGUGCUGGCCGGGGCGCUGGGGCUGAGCCUGGUGUUCUCCUUCGUGACGGUGCCAGCACAGUGCUUUCAGCUGGGAAGGGCCUAUGGGGUCUGCCUGCUCUCCUACUACCUGCUGUUCCUGUGCGUGGCCCUGCUCACCGAGUUCAGGGUGAUCCAUUUCUCCACCCCCUGAGCAGCUCCAGCAGAUCCAGCCCUGGGUCUGGCUCUGCCUCCCCACACAUCGGGGUCUCACCGUCCCCUCCGUGUCCCUGGCAGGGGGACAAGGGCACCUCGACCUCACCGUGCUGCCAGAGGUGCCAGCCCAGCCCCUGCUGCCCUUUGGGGAAGGAGCUGCCAGUGCCCACAACUUCUCCUCACUCUCUUUAAUCUAAUUUAAGGAACUCUGGGCAGCAGCAACAUGGAAAUCUCAGCUCAGGGGCACAGCAGGAGAGGUUUUGCUUCCUCAGCUCCCUGUGCUGCUCAGGGACAGAGCUGGGGCAGUUGUGCUGCACAGGGUGACUCUGCCAAGGCCCAGGCACACGUCUGUCCUUGGGAAGGACUGUCCCUGUUGGCACUGUGGGCUGGAACAGCAGACAGGGCACAGCCAGACAGGGUUAAGGGGACACAGUGCUCCAGGGACGCACUGGGUUCAGUGCAAGCAAAGCCUGAGGGAAAAACAAACACCAAACCAAGGGAGGCUGGUUUCCCCUGCUUUUUUUAGUAAUGUUUUUCAACCUGAGUUUCAGAUCCUACUUUUCUCCUCCUCCUGGGGUGGGCAGAGCUGUAGGAAAGGACUUGGAGGUUUCCACACACAGUGUUGACCUCUGGCAGGACUAGAUUUAGGCACUGUAAAGAAACUGCAAUAAAAAAAAAACAACACAAAAAAAUACCAUAAA